UUAUCUCGUCUUUUUAGCUUAGGAGCAGCGCAGCGGGGGGUGCAGAGCAAGAGCAGUGGAGAAAAUCCAUGGCUUCCUCCUCCGCCCUCUCCCUCUGUUCUUCCCUCGCGUCUCGAUGCAGGGUCUCUCACAACCCACAAGCCUACCACCACCCUUCGUCCUCCUCCUCCUCCUCCUCCGUCGUCUCCUUCUCUCCUCCCUCCAGGGCCGGCGCCGCUCCUCUCCCCUCCCUCAUCAAGCUCGCUCCCUCUAGGCCCUCCCCGCUCUCGUUUCCGCCCAGGUCCUCCUCCGAAUCCGAUGCUCCCGUGAUCGAAUUCGCCCCCGAACCCGCCGAACCCGCCGAACCCGCCGAGCCCGUCGAGGCCGAGCCGGCCCCGGCGGCUCCGGGCCCCAGCGACGCGCCCAAGCGCGAGGAGGUGUUCGCGGUGGUCAUGAUUGGGUCUCGCCAGUACAUUGUGUUCCCCGGGCGCUAUAUCUACACGCAGAGGCUUAAAGAUGCGAAUGUGGACGACAAGAUAAUUUUAAAUAAGGUAUUGCUUGUGGGGACCAGAACAAGUACCUAUAUUGGGAAGCCAGUGGUGCCUAAUGCGGCAGUACAUGCUGUUGUCGAAGAGCAGGGUCUAAAUCCAAAAGUGAUCGUCUUCAAGUACAAGAAGAAAAAGAAUUACAGAAGAAAUAUUGGUCAUCGCCAGCCAAACACCAGGAUCAGGAUAACGGGCAUCACUGGCUAUCAAGACUCUCCAGCAGUCACCCUUGAUUCAUGAGCUCCUGCAGGUGGGCCCAAGGUGUCUCAAGCCAACUUUAGGAAGUUAUAAUUUCUGUACUCCGCAUGAUGGAGUAAGGCUUCUUGUUGUAUUUGUGCUUUCCGUAACAAGGAACUGAAUAUAGUUAUUUCUUGACCACCAUUCUUAUCCAUUUGGUUCCUUGAAACAAGUCGUUACUGCUGUCGCUCUGCCAUUUUUUUUCAGUUGUUUUUGGUA